UUCUUCACCAUGUACUAUUAUUCCAGAUUGAGCAUCUUGAGGUAAAGUACAUUGAUCUCAGUCAACGUCUGUCUGCAUCACGUGAUCUCGCUCAGUUCAUUUGUAGGAUGCCUCAUCUCAGGGAUCUUUGUCUCGGUCAAGAAUAUGGAAACACCAGUCCCUCACUUCAUGAAGAAUUCUAUUCAACUUUGUCAUUAUUAGCACCAUCUGCAAAGAUUGAGCAUCUUGAGAUAAAGUACAUUGAUCUCAGUCAACGUCAGUCCGCAUCACGUGAUCUCGCUCAGUUCAUUUGUAAGAUGCCUAAUCUCAGGGAACUCCGUCUCGGUGAUAAAUAUGGAAACACCAGUCCCUCACUUCAUGAAGAAUUCUAUUCAACGUUGUCAUCAUUAGCACCAUCUGCAAAGGUAUCCUUUCCACCUUCUCAGUUUCUUAACGGAAAUUAAAUAAAAAUUUGCCCCAAUUAGUACA